AUCUUCAUUGAUUCCCAAUCUGCGAAAUCACACAGAGUGAAGCCGUUCAGAACUCUGUGAAUGUCCAAUUAAGUUAAACGAAAAGAUGGCCUCUUCAAGCAAUCCCAACGUCGCCGACCCUUCACCCCCCAAGCCUUCAGCCGCCAGUCUGGCAUAUUCCUUGUCAACACUCGGAGUCCACGCCGAUGACCCAAUCAACACCUCUUCUGACGUCGCACCCGCCCUCCACGUCUCCACCACAUUCCGCUACACCUCCGACCCGGAAAAGCUCGUUCCCGUCGAUGAUCUUGACAUUCCCUCCCGCGAGCCAGGUGGACCCGUCGCCGGCGACGCCCACAUCUACUCCCGUCUGACCGCACCCAACACAUCCCGUCUCGAGCUCCUCCUGACUGAAAUCAUCGGCCAACCCGUCCUGACUUACUCAUCCGGCCUCGCCGCCUUCCACGCUCUUCUCGUCUACCUCCAUCCCCGCGUCGUUGCCAUCAGCGGCGGCUACCAUGGCUGCCAUGGCGUUCUGGCCAUCUACCAGAAACUGACGAAUUGCAAAAUCGUCGAUUUACACGACGAGAAAAGCUGGGAAGGUGAGGGAUGGAGUUUAGGUGAAGGCGACGUCGUACACCUGGAAUCGCCCAUAAAUCCUCACGGCACGGCGUUCAACAUUGCAGCUUUUGCGGAAAAGGCCCAUGCGCGAGGGGCAGUCCUUACACUGGAUUCGACGUUUGCGCCGCCGCCGUUGCAGGAUCCGUUUAAAUGGGGAGCGGAUUUCGUCAUGCAUUCCGGGACCAAGUAUUUCGGUGGCCAUAGUGAUAUGUUGUGUGGCGUGGUGGCGAUCGGACGGGAGAGCAAAGGAAGACCCAAGGGAUCGAAGAGCUGGCAGAAGGAUUAUUGGACGAUGUUCGGGGAGAGGCUGCAUCUUGGUUCGGUGAUGGGGAGUUUGGAGGGAUGGCUCGGGGUGAGGAGUUUGAGGACUUUGGAGUUGAGAGUUAUUCGGCAGAGUCAGAAUGCUGAUAAGCUCGUGGCUUGGUUGGAUGCUGGCUUGAAUGGUACGCAGCCUGAGGAAGGCGACCCGAAGAUCUCCGAGGAAGAAGCUGCGGUUAUCAAGCAGUCGGUCAAGAGCAUCCAGCAUGCUAGUCUGCAGAAGGAAGACAUGGGCUGGCUCAAGCAGCAGAUGCCGAAUGGCUUCGGCCCUGUCUUUAGUAUCAGUCUCCACUCACAAGAGAUGGCCCGGCACCUGCCGAGUAACUUGCACCUGUUCCACCACGCAACAAGUCUCGGUGGCGUAGAGUCUUUGAUCGAGUGGCGACGGAUGAGCGACCAGACAGUCGAGCCAGAACUUCUCCGAUUGAGCAUCGGAGUGGAAAAUUGGGAGGAUCUGAAGGCUGAUAUACUGCAGGGACUGCGAUCUAUCGCUGCAUGAGAAGGAUAGAACAAUUGCAUUCGGGGCACUUAAAACCAAGAAUUGUCCUCAUUAAAAUUCCGUAUCCGCAUAGCAUCAUAGAUCAUAACUCGUGUCGUUUAAACCACACCUGUCGUCCAUUGUCAUCUGUACAUUAAUUCUUUCUCACCGCAAUUUCUCAUCAUCGAUCAUCCUCGUCACGUCGGCUUCGCGAGCGACUCUUUCUGCGCCUUCUCUGCGAACUCGACCGGGCAGGCGGCCGUCGGUGCUCGUCCUCUUCAUCUUCAGUGUCAU